CCGUCCGUCGCUGAUACGUCUUUAUCAAAUACCGCAGCAGCUGCGGUGGAAGUCAUGGUUAACACGUAGCCGGCGUUCGACGUGUCCUAGCCUCCUAGCUUAGGCAUAUAGCGAUUUGGUAAUUUGUUGCGCGCCGCUUGAUUUGCAACGUGUUGUGCGCCGUACUGCGGGUGUUUACGCAUAUAUGGCGAGUGCCACGUUGUGAGCGCAUUGAUAACGUGGAUAUAUAACGUGUAUAUCUAACGUCCGUGCAAAAAAAAAAAACGCAAGGCGACAAAACAUGCUGCCGAACAAGUCGUCGUCAUCGUUACCAUCCCCAUCGUCGCCGUCGCCGUCGCCGUCGUCGUCGCCCGGCACGACGAACGCGAAGGUCAUGUUCCCGGACAAGAGAUCGACGACCAAGCAAAUGAAGUCCUCCACGCUGACGAACGCCGCCGGCCUCAGCUCCCUUAUCACCUUCACCGUUCUUUUGCUCGCCUGGAUCUCCGGUUUCGCCUCGCGGCUUUUCGCGGUCAUACGUUUCGAGAGUAUCAUACACGAGUUCGAUCCUUGGUUCAACUACAGAGCAACAGCGUAUAUGGUACAACAUGGAUUCUACAAUUUUUUAAAUUGGUUCGACGAACGAGCAUGGUAUCCAUUGGGCCGAAUCGUCGGCGGAACUGUCUACCCUGGUCUCAUGAUAACCUCUGGAUCAAUACAUUACAUAUUGCACUCUCUAAACAUACCAGUGCAUAUAAGAGACAUAUGUGUAUUCUUAGCUCCAAUUUUUAGUGGCCUUACUGCCAUAUCUACAUAUUUAUUAACGAAGGAAAUAUGGAGUGCUGGAGCUGGCUUAUUCGCCGCUUGCUUUAUCGCCAUUGUACCUGGCUACAUUUCGAGAUCUGUGGCCGGCAGUUAUGACAACGAAGGAAUUGCAAUCUUUGCAUUGCAAAUCACUUAUUAUCUUUGGGUUAAAUCAGUGAAAACUGGUUCAAUCUUUUGGGCGAGCAUAACUGCUUUAUCUUACUUCUACAUGGUAUCGGCAUGGGGUGGUUAUGUGUUCAUUAUCAAUCUGAUUCCACUUCAUGUAUUCGCCUUGCUGGUGAUGAACCGUUAUAGCAAUCGAUUAUUUACCAGUUACACCACAUUUUAUGUUCUCGGACUUUUAUUAAGUAUGCAAGUACCAUUCGUCGGAUUUCAACCAAUCAGAACUUCAGAGCAUAUGGCUGCGGGUGGUGUAUUCGGUCUCCUAAUCUUCAUAGCAGCUCUCAGAUACUUAAGAACUGUACUUACCAAGUCUGAGAUGAAAUAUUUCGGCGGUGUAGUGGCCGUCACGGCCGCUCUACUCCUGUUAGUUUUGAUCGCAUUGACGUACGCCGGUGUCGUCGCUCCCUGGAGCGGUAGAUUUUACUCGCUAUGGGACACCGGUUACGCCAAAGUACACAUCCCUAUAAUAGCAUCGGUGUCGGAACACCAACCGACAACUUGGUUCAGCUUUUUCUUCGACUUGCACGUUCUCGUCGCAACGUUCCCGGUCGGUCUUUGGUAUUGCAUCAAGCACGUGAAUGACGAGCGUGUUUUCGUCAUACUGUACGCCAUAAGUGCCGUUUACUUCGCUGGAGUGAUGGUGAGACUUAUGUUGACCUUGACGCCAGUGGUGUGCAUGCUGGCUGGCGUCGCCAUCAGCAAACUCGUGGAGCUGUAUCUGAAGGAGGAGGAUCGGGACGAUCGGAACGGCACCGAGAGCAACGAGGAAAGCGAGGAAGAGAGGGAGCGAAGCCCCGGCAGAGCAUUGUACGAUAAAGCCGGAAAGCUUCGUAGAAUGAAGCACGAGAGGCCGAAAGGUAGCGGCGACGGAUUAGGCGCCAAUCUUCGCAACGGCGUCGUUAUCGGCAUGCUGAUGCUACUGAUGAUGUUCACCGUGCAUUGCACGUGGGUGACCAGCAACGCGUACUCUAGUCCGUCAGUCAUGAGUUGGUGGGAUUACGGAUAUCAGAUCGCCGGUAUGGCUAACAGAACUACACUCGUGGACAAUAAUACGUGGAAUAAUUCGCACAUAGCUCUGGUCGGUAAAGCGAUGAGCUCGAAUGAAAGUGCCGCUUAUGAAAUUAUGACAUCUUUGGAUGUAGACUAUGUAUUAAUCAUUUUUGGCGGGAUGAUUGGAUACUCCGGCGACGACAUUAACAAAUUCUUGUGGAUGGUACGCAUCGCCGAGGGUGAGCAUCCCCAGGACAUUCGCGAGAGUGAUUACUUCACCGAGAGAGGAGAGUUUCGCGUAGACUCGGAGGGUUCUCCCACGUUACUGAACUCGUUAAUGUACAAGCUCAGUUACUAUCGGUUUGGGGACGUUAAGAUAGACUAUCGAUCACCUUACGGUUACGAUCGUACUCGUAAUGCGGAAAUAGGCAAUAAAAACUUUCAGCUGACAUAUCUGGAAGAAGCUUAUACUACUGAACAUUGGCUUGUCAGGGUUUACAGGGUGAAGAAGCCAGCAGAAUUUAAUAGACCAAGAAUCCCGAUCUCCGAACGGGUUAUCACCCGUCGCGCAAAUUCGUAUAUUAGUAAAAAGACUGCACGGCGUAAGCGAGGUUUCAUAAAAGGCCGGCCAGUUGUUAUUAAAGGACAGAAACCUCAACGACGAACAACGUAACGAAGAUUCGCUGACUAUUUCGUAACAGUUUGCAAAUACAACUUUUGUAAUAAAAGAUUACCGUCCCUUGGGUCUACCACGAACUAUACCUCGAACUAAGAAUUUAAUAUUGUCAAAACAGUUCAACCGGUUUGAAGAGUAGAAGUGUUUAAAGAAAAAAAAUCGUUUACAACAUUCGGGACAUUGGGGAAAAAAAUCGCGUCGGUUUUACAUUUUUUUUUUUUUUUGUAAAACUAGUUUCCACUUUUCACAAAGAUAAAUCAUCAGUCAUUUGUUACCUGCAUAAUUUGUUAAUAGAAACAUUUUCUAGAAUUAUAGCGUGCAGAUACAUAUUUUCAAUAUCUGAGUCAACAUAUUUAUAUAAAUGUAUUCAUUAGAACAAAUCUUAAUUGUAUUGCAUAAUUCUUUUUUUUUUUUUCACUUUGCUAUAAGAGUUAAUUUUUAAUUUAAAUCUUUUAUGAGGCAAUAUUGCAUUUAAUAGUUAACGAUGUGAAAGACUUUCACCAAAUUCAUUUAUCUCUUUGUUAUCAAUUAGAUGAUUGUAUUGAAGUAUUCAUUUAUAAAUUGGUAAGACAUCCUAUAGUUAGUGUACACGCGUUUAUGUUAUAUAGUACGUUUAAUGCACAUGGUGGUGUGUGUCGGGCGGAAUAUGUCAAAUAAGCAGACUGCCAAUUUUCAGGAGCAUCAGAAAACAGAUGGAGUGUGUCAUGUGUACACAAUUUGUUGUAUAGCACCUUGUUGAAAGAUAAACAUUUGUGAUAACACAGUGUUGUUAUUUACAAAUAUGCAUUUGAGAAAUAACUCCAAUUUUUGUUUUACAUAAGAAAAUAAAAAAAGAUUCUUUGUGUAAGAUAAAU